UGGUAAGUUCGAUCAUCCAGAUCGAACAUUUUUCUCGGUCGGCCGUACAUGGGACAACUGCCAAAGAAGCACUUCCGAUGUGAAGGAAUUGAUCCCGGAAUUCUUCUAUCUAUCAGAAAUGUUUGAAAAUCCGAACGGGUUAAAUCUCGGCUUGUCGGAGGAUGGGCGAAAUAUUGCUACUGUCGAAUUGCCUCCAUGGGCCGCCACACCAGAAGAUUUUGUUCGCAUACAUAGACAGGCAUUGGAAUCGGAUUUGGUUUCCUGUCAGCUACAUCAUUGGAUCGACCUGAUAUUUGGAUAUAAACAACGU